AUGUAUUGGGCUCGAUCAUGGUUCUGUCUUACAGGUAUGAUGCUCUCUCCCAAUUUGAGACGAUUUCUCAUUAUGGACAAGAAAUUACUUGCAACUGUGAUGCAAGUCUUAAAAAACAAACCACAAUAUUUAGUGAGAGACCUUAAAGGAGCAAUUAGUAGAUUCCUCAUGAUGGCUCUACGUGAAGAUUAUGCCAGAGACCAAAUUGAUAUUGAUUUAGUAUUGAAAUUUAUAUCACGUGAGCUUAAAGGAUGGAAACAAUAUUCGGCCAUGACCUUUCACAACUUGCUUUCACAAAACGUACUCAUGUCACUCUUUUAUGACAUUUUGGGAGCUGAAGCAUUCAAAAGUCAAGCCAUUGAACUCAUCAACACCAAAUAUACCUCUCUCAAAACUCAUUUGAAAUUGGUGAAUAAUGUGGAUGAUCUUCCAAAAUGCAAUUGUUGUGGACGAGAAAGUAAUGACAAUGGAGAAAGUUUGAAACGUUGUUCUGCAUGUGGACUUGUAAAAUACUGCAGUGUGGAAUGUCAGAGAAAAGAUUGUCCUUCUCAUAAACCAAUUUGUAAGGCACAUCAACAACGAAUGAAAGAACAAACUCUAGAAUCUUCUGAAGAGGAUGUGAAAACAAAACCAUAUUCUGCUGAAACUUUGAAAAAUAAGGGAAAUGAUGCUUUUAAGCAAAAAGAUUUCAAAAAAGCCAUUUCCUUCAAUGAGAGAGCAUUCAAUCAACAAGAUUCCACUUCCAUUCGUCACAUCUUGUAUUCCAAUUUGGCUCAAUGUUAUUUUUGUUUGAAACAAUACGAAGAGAGUAUCAAGAAUUGUGAUUUGGCUCUCGAAUUGGAUGCAUCAUUCACGAAGGCCUAUUAUCGAAAAGCAGCCUGUUUGGCAGAGUUGAAGAAACGAACACAAGCCAUACAAGUAUUGGAGGAAGGAUUAAAGACAGAUCCAACCAAUGAACAGUUAUUGAGCUUGAAGGAAAAACUUUUGAAAUAA